UCAGCCGGCGACCUCGCCCCGGGCGCUCCCGGCCGUGAGCCGCGACGAGCUUCACGGCCCCUGUGCCCCCGGCCCCGGCUUGCAAGCGAGGAAGGAGGUCGGGGGGCGGCUUGCCGCUGCCCCCCACGCUUGCUUCCUUCCUCGGGGCUGCUGACUCACGGGUCGAGCUGAGAUCCGAACCCUCCCGUGGCCCAGAAAGGCUCCGUGAACUCCUCCUGCCCGCGGCGGAGGCUGCCCGCUGCGAGCGCCCACGUGCCAGGCCAUACAAAGCCCCGCGCACUGCUCUCCGCGUGCGUCGCCGCGGCCGUGCUUUGCUCCGAGGGUCGGGACUCAGACUCUGCCCUGUGCUUAGUGUAAAAGACCUUCGCCUGCUCUGCCGGGACGCGCGGGGUGCACUCUCCGGACGGUCAGUCCACGUGAAACGUCCCCUCCGGCCGGCGGCUCUCAGAUUUGUAGCCCUGCACAGCCUCGUAAACGCGAGUUUCCGGUUCCAGAGACAGUCGUCCCCAGCCACAGCCACUUCCUUAAGCGCUUUUCUGGGAUUUUGAAUUCGCCCCGUACACGUGUUGCGUUUGUUUGUCUGUGUGCUGUUACAGUCCGGAGGGGAAGGCUCCAAGGGCAGUCUAACAGCCGCACCCCCCCACUGCACAGCUUCUGCACUUUGUCGAGUUGAACCUGUGGGAAGAUGGUUUGAAGCUUUUGUUAAGAGGAGAAACAGAAAUGCUUCUGCCUCUUUCCAGGAGCUGGAGGAUAAGAAAGAGUUAUCGGAGGAAUCAGAAGAUGAAGAAUUGCAGUUAGAAGAAUUUCCCAUGCUGAAAACGCUUGACCCUAAAGACUGGAAGAACCAAGAUCAUUACGCAGUUCUUGGACUUGGCCAUGUAAGGUACAAAGCUACACAGAGACAGAUCAAAGCAGCUCACAAAGCGAUGGUUUUAAAACAUCACCCAGACAAACGGAAAGCAGCUGGUGAACCAAUAAAAGAAGGGGACAAUGAUUAUUUCACCUGCAUAACUAAAGCUUAUGAAAUGCUAUCUGAUCCAGUGAAAAGACGAGCAUUUAACAGCAUAGAUCCUACUUUUGAUAAUUCAGUUCCAUCUAAAAGUGAAGCAAAGGACAAUUUCUUUGAAGUGUUUUCUCCAGUGUUUGAAAGGAAUUCCAGAUGGUCAAAUAAAAAAAAUGUCCCUAAACUUGGUGAUACGAAUUCAUCAUUUGAAGAUGUAGAUGCGUUUUAUUCUUUUUGGUAUAAUUUUGAUUCUUGGAGAGAAUUUUCUUAUUUAGAUGAAGAAGAAAAAGAAAAAGCAGAAUGUCGUGAUGAGAGAAGAUGGAUUGAAAAGCAGAACAGGGCAACAAGGGCACAAAGGAAAAAGGAAGAAAUGAACAGAAUAAGAACAUUAGUUGACAAUGCUUAUAGCUGUGAUCCAAGGAUAAAAAAAUUUAAGGAAGAGGAAAAAGCCAAGAAAGAAGCAGAAAAGAAAGCAAAAGCGGAAGCAAAACGGAAAGAGCAAGAAGCUAAAGAAAAACAAAGACAAGCUGAAUUAGAAGCUGCUCGGUUGGCUAAGGAGAAAGAAGAAGAAGAAGUGAGACAGCAAGCGUUACUGGCAAAGAAGGAAAAAGACAUCCAGAAAAAAGCCAUUAAAAAAGAAAGGCAAAAACUUCGGAACUCAUGCAAGACCUGGAAUCACUUCUCGGACAGUGAGGCAGAACGGGUUAAAAUGAUGGAAGAAGUGGAGAAACUCUGUGAUCGGCUCGAACUAGCAAGUUUACAGUGCUUGAAUGAAACACUCAUAACGUCUACAAAAGAAGUAGGAAAGGCUGCGCUGGAAAAACAGAUAGAAGAAAUAAAUGAGCAAAUUAGAAAAGAGAAAGAGGAAGCCGAAGCACGCAUGCGACAAGCAUCUAAGAAUGCAGAGAAGUCAACUGGCGGAGGUGGGAGUAGCAGUAAAAACUGGUCAGAAGAUGAUCUGCAGUUACUAAUUAAAGCUGUGAAUCUCUUCCCUGCUGGAACAAAUUCAAGAUGGGAAGUUAUUGCUAAUUACAUGAACAUACAUUCUUCUUCUGGUGUCAAAAGAACAGCCAAAGAUGUUAUUGGCAAAGCAAAGAGUCUCCAGAAGCUUGACCCUCAUCAAAAAGAUGACAUAAACAGAAAGGCUUUUGAUAAAUUUAGAAAAGAACAUGGAGUGGUACCUCAAGCAGAUAAUGCAACACCUUCAGAACGAUUUGAAGGUCUGUGCACAGAUUUCACCCCCUGGACAACAGAAGAACAGAAGCUUUUGGAACAAGCUCUGAAAACAUACCCAGUAAACACACCUGAGAGGUGGGAAAAAAUUGCAGAAGCAGUUCCUGGCAGGACAAAGAAGGACUGCAUGAAACGAUAUAAGGAACUUGUUGAGAUGGUAAAAGCAAAGAAGGCUGCUCAAGAGCAAGUGCUGAAUGCAAGUAGAGCCAGGAAGUGACGCAAUGACAAUCUUCGUUGUGUGCAUUUUUAUAAUAAAACUGAAAACACUGUAUAAAUUUUUUAUUUCCAAAAUUAUAUUUAUGGUAAUAAUUU